AUGAGGCUCAAUAGAGUUAGCAUUCACAAGGGAGGGGCGGCAGGGGGAGCCGGGGCAGGGAGCGGGCCGCUCUCGCCGGUGCUGAAGGGAGCUGGAGGGGGUGGUGGUGCGAAGGCGACCAGCUAUGAGCUCGAUGAUUCGGAUAGCUUCUGGGUGGCUCAUUCGGAGUCCCCGUUUCCCAAGGCAGCCGAAGCGGUCGACAUGCUGCUGAAGAAGUGGACGCAGGACAAGGAGCAGGUGAACGCGGCCUCGCCCACAGGCGACGCGUUCUCAGAAGCCGAAGACGAGGAUGUGAUGGGACGCACCAAGCAGCUGUCGGCCGCCAUGAGCGCCGUGCCGCAGCUGAUGGAGCGCAAGCGAGUCAUCGACAAGCACGUCACCAUCGGCGGGACGCUCCUCGAGGAGAUCAAAUCGCGCGCGCUCGACGCGUACUUUUCCAUGGAGGAGGAUCUGCUGACGCGGGGCAGCACGGACCGGGCGGCGAUGCUCGACUUACUCAGGAAGAGGGGGUCCAAGGAGGAUAAGCUGCGGCUGGCGAUUAUUUACCUGAUGGUGACGGACAAUGCGAGUGCGGGGGAUGUGGAGGCGGUAGAAGCGGCGCUGAGGGAGCAACAAGUGGACCUAGCCGCUCUGCAUUACAUCAAGCAGGUGAAGCGCGUCAACUCCAGCUUUGCUGCCGUUGCUGCCGCGGGGGGUGGGGCCGGAGGAGUGGGUGGCGUGGGCGGCAGCAAGGAUGAUCUGCUGGAUUGGGCCGGGCGGCUCGCUGGGCAGGGUUUGUCCCGAGUGACUGCUGGUGUGAAGAAUCUUUUGGCUGGGGGCAGGCAGCUGCAGCUGACCCGGGCAGUUGAAGCUCUCAUGGAGGGCCGGCCUGGGCAGGAUACAGAUUCUUUUCUCUGCCUCGACCCAAAAGCCCCCAAGGGGGGGAGCAGCAGCACAGCAGCAGGGGGCAGCAGGGGGGCGGUGCGGGAUGCAAUUGUCUUUGUGAUUGGAGGGGGGAACUACAUGGAGUAUGGGGGUUUGCAGGAGAUGGCGAGGAAGGCAGGGGCAGGGGGCGGGGCAGCAGGAGUGCGCACGGUGGUGUAUGGGACGACUGAGAUGCUGGCGGGGAGUCAGUUUGUGGAGCAGCUGUCAGAGCUAGGGAGGAAGAUGGGGUACAAGGCCCCUCCCCCACCUGCGGAGUCUGUGGGGGGGGCAGUGGGUGGUGCGGGGGAUGCUGGAGGCCAUAGGUAA